AUGGAUCUCGGGAGUCUAUCUCAACUCCAAACGGAGGGGGUCAAUCCCCGGACCGUGCAUAUUGAUCGCAUGUCGACACUUGAGAUGUGCACUGUGAUUAAUGCCGACGAUCAAAAAGUUGCCGAGAGUGUUGUUCCUUGUCUGCCGGUCAUUGCGGGAGCCAUUGACGCAUUGACCCCUCGCGUUCGACAAGGCGGACGGGUCAUUUAUGUUGGCGCUGGCACCAGUGGAAGGCUUGGAAUCUUGGAUGCUUCAGAAAUUCCUCCCACUUUCGCCGCUCCUCGUGGGCAGUUUGUUGGUCUGAUUGCUGGCGGAGAUGCCGCAAUCCGAUCAGCCCAGGAGGGAGCCGAAGAUGAUGAGCAAGCCGGCGAGGAUGAGAUGAAAUCUCUCAAUCUGAACCCGGACCUUGAUAGUAUCAUCGGAAUUGCAAGCUCGGGUCGCACGCCUUAUGUGAUGGGCUGUCUUGCUUUUGCGAAGCGUCUGGGCUGUGUAACCAUCGCCGUUGUUUGUACAGUUCCUUCGGCGAUUGCGCUUUCAGGGAAUGUGGACUUUGUUAUUUCACCCGUAUCUGGACCUGAAGUUGUCACUGGUAGUACUCGCCUCAAGGCCGGUACUGUCACAAAGCUGGUGUUGAAUAUGUUAAGUACCGGUACCAUGAUUCGCACAGGCAAGACUUACGGAAACAUGAUGGUUGAUCUCGUAGCAUCAAAUUUGAAACUCGUGCAAAGAUCCCGCAAUAUUCUGCGGAGGUUGAGUGCAAAGUGCCAGUCCUCGUCCGACGCUGAAUUGGACGCUCUUCUUGCAAGAUGCAAUGCCAGUGUCAAGCUAGCUAUCUUGGUUGCAGAGAGCGGGGAGUCGGUUGAGACUUGUCGGGGAUACUUCGACACUGCGGGUGGAGUGCUGGCCAACGCGUUGGCUGCCAUCUCUAAGCCUGUCGAACAGAAGCCCACAAGUGCCCCCACUCCAAAUUUUGCCUUGUGCAUUGAUGGCGGCGGUACCAAGUGCGCUGCUGUUGUGGCCGCCGGCACAAAUGUCGUAGGCCAGGGCUCUGUUGGCCCAUGUAAUUUAACCGAUAGUAUUGGAAAUAUAGACGGUGUCAUUGCCACGUUACUUGAUGCUGCAAAGGCUGCCCUGAAAAACGCUCUGCCAAGCGACGUGGAACAAACAGAAUCCUCGUGGAGAGAACUUCUCCAAACAUCCUUCAGCUCUGUCUGGAUCGGACUGGCUGGUCUUGACCGAGCUGGGCUAGAGGGAGUGUUGGCACCCAAGCUGAGACAAGCGUUCGGUAUCACUCAAGAAAAGGACCUGCAGUUAACCAACGACGUAGAUCUAUUGGCCACGGGCGUUCCACCAUCCCUCGGUACACCCUCUGUCCUGGUAGUGAUUGCAGGCACGGGAAGUGUUGCCAUGAGAUACAAAUGGGCUGAGGAUCAACAAAGAUACGUUCGUUCUGCGCGUUCUGGUGGCUGGGGUCACAUGCUCGGUGAUCAGGGUGGUGGUUACACAAUUGGUAUGAAAGCCAUCCAACACACCCUCGGGGUCUUUGAGGACAUUACCUUGGGGCUCGAUAAGACUGGAGGUGAUGAACUUUCUAGAGCAGUUGCGGAGAAACUGGGGUGCCAGGUCUCUGAGAGUGCCAGUAAGGACAUGUUGAACAAUAUUCUAGCCCAGAACUACUCUCAGGGCGUGAAGGCACGAAUUGCUAGCAUUGCACCGGUUGUUCUCGACUUGAUGGACAGAAAUAAGACCGCAGCAGAUAUUGUGAGCUCUCAAGUAGCUUUGCUGGUUGGGGAUACUCUUGGUCGCUUGACCAAGCCUCAAGCCACUGGGUAUCAGCCGACUGAGGCAUCUGUGUUAGUGUUGUCAGGAGGACUGAUGAAGAAUGAGGGGUACAGGGCCACGUUCGAGAAGCAACUGGACUCACACAGAUUGUAUUUCAAAGGAAUGGUGGUUGUUGAAGACGCAGCCCGUUCAGGCGCCACAUACUUAAGUCGUUGA